AUGGUGGAAGCCUAUCUUAAAAAACUAAGUAGUCAAAUUGGAGCUGAUAAUAAGUUGCCUAAGGCAAUAAAUGAAGUAUUAGAAACUAUUUUGGGAAAAGUAACAAGAAGUUUGAAAGAAAAAGUGAUUGCGAUUAGUGAGGAAAAGCGUAACUUGCAAGCGAUGAUAGAAAAGCAGAAGGAAAAACUGAAAAAUAAUGAUUUUGAUGCAGAGUUGAGGAAAGCGAAGGUGAGGGAAAUAAAAAGACAAAAGCAAGAACUUGAAAACAAGUUAAAUCAUAUUGAAAACUCUUUGCAGCAUCUUAACUCCUUGCUUCCCCCCUCCGUGAGUGAACAAAACCAUUAGAAAAAUUGUUAUUUUUUACCCAAAAACCCACCCUCCGUGAGUGAACAAAAAUUUUUUUAAUAGAAAAAAUUUUUUUAUGGAAAAAAAUUUUGAUAUAUAAGUGAUAAUUAGUAUAAUAAAAUCUCAAGCUAAUUCAGCUUAAUUUUAGACAAAUUGCGUUUUAAAACAUAAAUUUUAUAAAUUAAAUUAAUUUUUGCUUUCCAAUUUUAAUAGAAGUGAGAUUUUUUUAAAUUUCGAAAAAAAAAUUUUAUAAAAAUUUUAUAUAUAAGCUUUUUUAAAAAAAAAAAUUAACCCCCCUCCGUGAGUGAACAAAAUUUUUUUGUUCACUCACAGGGGGAGUUAGAAGAUUUCGAAUACAAAAAGCCUAAUUUACAAAAUAAACAAGCAAGGCAAGAGUAUUAUGAAGAUUUAAAAAGGAAAAGUGAAGAAAAUACUAGAAAAGUGAAAGAAUACCAAGCUGAGCAAAGAAGAAGGAAAGAAAAAAUAAAAGAACACUUAGAAGAAAUUAAUAGACAGUUAGAAGAAGAAAAAGAGAGAAAGCAACUCGAAAAAGAAGGAAAAAACGCAAUUUUUGAAAUAGAAUAUAAGCAAGAACUAGAAAGAAUGCAAGAAAACAAAAUGAGACGCCAACAAGAGUUGGAAGAAAUGAAAAGAAGAGAAAUCGAAUUGGCUGAAAUAAAAAAGCAAAAGCCGCUAUAUCAAAAAAUGCAAGAAAAAUUCCUGCAAGAUGUAGAAAUGCCAGAGCUUGAAAAAAGAAAAGCAGAGCUUGCAAAGAAGAGACUGCUAUUUCAGCCACUAAGCAAAGACGAUCUUGCAGAGCAUUCUAAAUGGUAUUCACAGCUAAGGAAAGAGCAUAACGCUCAGACUGAUAAAGAAAUGACUCAAAAAAGUAUUGACCACCAGAUGAAUCAGCUUGGAGUUUCUAAAAAUUAUAAAUUAGAAAAGUCAAUAGACGAAAAAGAAAAAUCUAUCCAAGAUAAACUCAAACUAGUUGACAGGAAAAUAAAAUAUGCUGACUUAGUCAGAGAAAUGUUUACUCCAUCUAUUGAUAAAUUCAAGCAAAAAGAGCUUGAAUUGAGGGUAGAAAAAUUGAAGCAUCCUGUGAGAAAAGAAAUUUUGAAGUCAAGCCAAGAAAAAUCAUUUGUGGAGUCAUAUUCAGAUGGAGAAGGCAAAAAAAUGUGAAAGCCAAGGAAAUACCCUAAAAAUCCAUUAAUUCCUGAAGAAAAAAACAAAAAAGAGCCAGUUUUAAUUGAUUAUUUGGGAGAAAGAAGGAAAGCUAGAGAAGAUGCUGCUAGCAAGUCAGGAACUGCCAGAAAGCACAAUGUGGAUUGAGAAGAAGAUUUGAAUUUAGAGUUGACAAAUGAGCAAAAAGCAGAGAGAAUUAAAGCAAAAGCAGAGAAAAUAGAAAAAGAAGCAAGAAGAAAAGAAUUGCUGUUAAAUUCAACUACCCCAAAUAAUUUAUCAACACUAGAAAAAAGUGAAGAUGUAAAUCAAAUGCUGAUUUCUUCAAUUAGAGCAAAAUUAGCUGUUCUUGAGCAUGUAUCUAAUUAA